AUGUCCAAGAAGUUCCUCCGAAACUUCAAAGCCUCCACGAUAACUACACGCCUGGACUGCAAGCACCAGUACGGCAACUUCGUUGUCCAGCACCUCUACGAGCACGCGCCCGCAGCUCGUGGGGGCAUACUCCGCGCCCUUCUCCCCCAGGUCUCGCAGCUGGCGAACCACCGGACAGCCAGCCACGUAGUGCAGCGCGCCCUGACGUACUCGGAUGAGCGGGGCCAGUUUGAUUUAGUGCAGGCGCUGCGGCAAGGCCGAGGGGAAACGUCCCUCGUCAAUGUGGCGACGGGAAGGUACGGUAGCUUCGUCAUUGAGCAGCUUGCCCAACUGCCUGGGCACCUUGUGGCCCCCAUCCGUGCCACAUUGGAGGAAGAGCUCCCGACGCUGGUGGCAUCCGCCUUUGGGAGGCGAGUGGCCGAGGCCUUCGAGUUCGAGUUCGAGGUGCCAGAGGAGGACCUGCCGUUGGCGCACACCAGCAGCACCAGCGAGAACGGAGAGCUGGUGGGCCAGCCUGCGGCUGUGACCCUGCAGUGA